AUGGAAGACAGCAGCAGCCAGGAGCCGCUGUUAGGUCGGGAAUUAAGUAACGCCGAAGGCAGCAGUCAUAACCGGAGAGGUUCAUACGGAUCUAAUUCAAGCAAAGAUGAUGCGGUAGUAACUAUCGACCCGGAAGGAGAGGAAGAGGCACCGGAUGCCCCCGUUCAAAAUGGUAUCAGACAGGCCGAUGCUAUCAAUCAGGUUUGGUCAAGAGCUGCGCUCAUUUUGGCAUACUGCUUCAUUUUCUUGUGCUCGUUUGCGAAUACCCUACAAUGGCAGAUUAUGUCGAACCUGAUGCCAUACGUCGUCAGCGAAUUUAGCGCCCAUUCUUUGAUACCGACAAUCGGGAUAGUGGCGUCCAUAAUGAGCGGCAUCUUCAAGUUGCCGAUAGCCAAGAUGAUCGAUUCCUGGGGCCGUCCGCAAGGUCUUGCAGCCAUGAUCGCGCUUGCGACGCUCGGUCUCGUGCUAAUGGCCGCUUGCCGGGAUGUCCAGACUUACGCCGCGGCCGAGGUCAUCUACCAAGUCGGAAUCAGCGGCUUCACCUACAUUCUCGAUAUAAUCAUCGCCGACACCUCAUCCCUGAGAGACCGAACUCUCGCAUUUGCAUUUAAUUCUUCUCCAACUCUAAUAACGACGUUUGUUGGUCCUAUCAUCGCGAAGGCGUUUUUGGAGGGAAGUACUUGGAGAUGGGCAUUCGGCUUUUCCGCGAUAUUGUUUGUUGUGCUUUCGGUGCCGAUACUUUCCAUCUUAGCAAUUAAUACUCAGAAAGCUAGAGCGCUAGGUCUUCUUUCUAAGUCUUCUAACGGCAGACCAUGGACUAUUUCGAGAGUUCGACAGGCGUUGAUUGAUUUUGACGCUGUGGGGAUGUUUCUCGCCGCCGCGGGUCUGACUUUGAUACUGGUGCCAUUUUCGCUGCAUGGUGCGUCAACUUCAUACGAUAACUCAGUCGCCAUUACCCCUAUAUUCGGUGUCUUCCUCCUAAUCGUUUUCGGCGUCCACGAGCGCAAAGCAAAGCGACCAUUUAUACGAUUCUCGCUCCUGUGCUCCAGGAAUGUGGCGGGAUCUGCUUUGCUGUCCAUCACAAUUUUUAUCGCUUAUUUCGCGUGGGAUGGGUACUACACCUCGUACCUACAAGUUGUGCAUAACUUGAAUGUCGCACAAGCUGGAUAUAUCGGCCACAUCUACGGCCUCGGUUCGUGUAUUUGGGCCGUGGCUGUUGGUUACUUGAUCAGACGGUCUGACAGAUUCAAGUGGCUCGCCUUGGCCGCUCUGCCGGUACAUCUGUUGGGCGGCGCGCUGAUGAUUGUCUUCCGUAAACCCGACACCAAUAUUGCCUGGGUAAUCAUGUGCCAAAUUCUCAUCACUAUCGGUGGUAGUACUCUGGUUAUGUGCGAGCAAAUAGCCGUUCAGGCCGUCGCGAGCCACGCAGAGCUGGCCUCUGUCAUGGCUAUCCUAGGUCUGGCUUAUUAUAUCGGCUCGGCGAUAGGCAAUUCGCUAAGCGGUGCGAUCUGGAACACGACGCUCCCGCGAUUGCUUACUGAACUAUUGCCCGAAUUUUCGCCCGAGGAGCUGAUUCAUCUUGGGCAAGAUUUGAAGAAACAACUAAGCUACCCGUUGGGCAGCCCGACACGCAACGCCAUUAUUAUAGCGUAUGGCGAAGCCCAGAGACGCAUGUGCAUUACGGGGACGCUUAUAUCCCUUUUUGAAAUCUUCGCGGUGAGUAUAUGGAGGGACGUCAGAGUGAGCCAGUCCAAGCAGGUUAAAGGGACCGUGCUAUGA